AUGUCAAACUCUCCUUCGGCAAUAAGAGUUGCCAUCAUAGGCGGGGGGCUGGCUGGCGCCGCACUUUUGCGCGGGCUUUUGCGGUAUCCUCACCUUACUAUUGAUAUGUACGAGCCGCGGCCUACGUUCAGAGAUGAGGGUCCGGGGCUCGCUUUCACAUCAAGAGCACAAUAUAUUCUAGCUGCUAUCGAUCCGGAGUUAGAAUACUGCCUCGACCGUGCCGGUGCCGUACUCACUACAACUGAGACACGAGUGGCUGCUGGUCCUCAUGUUGGAAAGGAGAUAGAGAUAAACGGCUUCGGGGAGGGCUGUAAGAAGAAUGUCAGCCGUCAAGCUUUUCUAGCGGAGAUGCUUGAUUGUGUACCGUCGCAUAUGAUGCACCCCGGGACGCGGAUAGCAUUUGUCACGGAACUACCCUCAGCGCAAGGACUAUUACUCACCUUUGCGGAUGGGUCAACAAAGAAAUAUGACGUCGUAAUCGGUGCGGACGGCACUCAUGGCUUCACGCGACAGCUUGUUCUUGGUAGCGACGGAUCUCUAGUCCAGCCGCAUUCUACAGGGUUUUGGGGAUUACCUAUCAAAGUACCUCUUCAACGGGCACAGCAGCUAAUGGGCACACAGUCUCUUGACCCAAGCAACCCCCGCCAUGUAGGUUGGAUUGGAGAUGGAACUACUAUCAUCUACGAUUUGCUCGAUAAUGGCAACGAAGUCCAGAUCAUUGUGUUCGGUAAAGAGGAUGACAUUGAGGAGGAAGAUGGGCUUUCGGAACCGUCAUGGGCAAAGCUGUUCACUCCAGACGAGUUCCGGGAAGCCUUCUCAAGCAAUAGAGUACCAGUCUGUCAGGGUACGAUCGAUCUUAUCUUGAGCGUAUAUACUGUGCAAGUAGCCGCUCUUUGCUUGCUCGAACACCAGCCGACACCAACUUACGUGACUGAGAAUAUCUGCCUAAUCGGAGACUCCGCCCAUAGCAUGUUGCCAUUCCAGGGCGCUAGCAUAAGCCUUUCCAUCGAGGAGGCUUUGCUCCUUAGCACACUGCUCGGCCGGUUGCCGUCGAGAGCUGCGAUCCCGGCUGCGCUCCGGGCUUUUGACCAGGUAUGCCGGCCCCGAGCCGAACAGGCUACGCGGUUAAGUGCCGAGACGGGAUUGCUCAUCACGGGUCGCGCACCGGGAAUCGGGCUCAAUGCGGAUCUGCUUCAGCAGCACUUGCGGCACAAGUUUGAGUUCCUUUUAAAUGUCGACAUUGAAGAGCACCGGGCUGCUGCUAUCAGUAUUAUGGAUCAGUUGUUGGGGGUUGAAACAUCAUGGCCUUGA